AUGACGGUAACCCAGUUGAUAGCAGUCAGCUUGGUGCGACCUCCAGGACCAUUUCAUAACACAGUUCUAGACAAUGCAAACGCAACAGAUGAGAGCAGACAGUUAUUACAAACGAUCACCAAUCUGGAGAAGAAGACUGGACUUCCUGGCCGUGAUGGACGAGACGGUCUUCCAGGACCGGCUGGACUACCUGGGAGAGAUUCGUGUUGCCAAUGCGACAGUAAAAAUCACUAUAAUCAACAACCCAAUGUCGUGUCUAAUUCUUCUACAUCUGUCACAUACACAAGAUGGGGACGCACGUCUUGUCCAAAACAUGCAACGCUAGUGUACAAAGGACGAGUUGGAGGUGGACAUUAUAAUCACAAAGGGAGUGGAGUUAAUGCACUGUGUCUGCCUGACAAUCCCAUCUACGACAAAUACUACACUGGUGCUCAAAGUGUCAGUCAUGUAUACAAUGCAGAGUACGAAGUAUCUAACUUUAAUCCCUUUUCUGGAGUUCAACCACAAGAUGACGUACCUUGUGCCGUUUGCAACGUUGAUUACAAAAGUACCAAAAUCAUGAUUCCAGCAAGAAAUGAAUGUCCUUCUCAAUGGCAGAAAGAGUACUCAGGAUAUCUCAUGUCUGGUCAUUAUAAUCACCCUCACUCAAUCGAAUAUCUGUGUGUCGAUCGUGACGCAGAAGCUAUACCAGGCACUAUUGCCAAUAGAGAUGGCAUGCUUCUGUACUUCGUUGAUGGAGUGUGCGGAGGUCAUCUCCUUUGUAGUCCUUAUGUCAGUAAUCGAGAGCUUACAUGUGCUGUCUGCACCAAGUAAUCAAAGAGAGAUUGGCCUUGCUGACAUCUCACAUGUGUCAUGCAUGCUAUAGACAACUUAUG